UAUGUCAAAACAAUAAUUGUAAAAUUUGAUAUCGCGCAUUCUAAUUGCAUCAGUGUGUGAUUUAUACGUAAAAUAAGAUGGGCUACUAUUGUGCUUGGGGAGAUGCAAAGAUAAUGUCCAGCUCUGAGGAAGAGGAGGGUUAUGAAAAUUUGGUUUCUGACAUCGGAGAAAAGAGAAAAGGACGCGCUUUGGACAUCCACGGGGAAGCUCCAUCUGCUCCGGCUCUACCGAUCUCGGACGAUACUGAUCGACAAUUCUGGGCGGAAGACGAACUGAGCAACUCGGAAUCACGGCAGAGAUUAAUCACGAGAAGGAAACGUCGGCAUAGCGUUUCCUACAGGAAUCGCGCCGCAAACAAGAGUCAAUCCCGCGUUCCGCGUCCCUCAAAUUCCAGCUCCGAUUCGACUCGCGCAGAAAUCUCACCUAAAAGUCCCUCAAUAUGCUCUGUACUUUGUUACAUCACGUUGGGUCUUUGCUCAAUGCUGCUGAUACUAACAUUAUGGAGCUCCAAUAUUCACGUUCCUAAAAUCCGCACCUAUGUGUUGCACUUUGAUGAAGAGCAACCUCUCUUACAUGUCGUCUCUGACAAGUUUUUGUCGUUUGGUCUCGAUACGUCUUUACUUCGAAGAAUGAAAGAAUUACCUGUUGGACAGAAGAAAUUUAUCAAUCUGGCUAGUUACCUAAGCCCCGCUUAUGUUAGAGUGGGUGGAACUUCUGCGGAUUGUUUGAUAUUUAUUCAGGAUCAGAUGGAACAAAACUCUUCUGAGAAGAUUCUUAGUCCAGUGGACGGUCAAGAUAUUAGCAACUUUACUAUUUCUGGUACAGAUUUGCUCAAUAUCUACGACUUUGCAGUGAAAUCAGGAUUACGAAUGAUCUUUGAUCUGAAUGUAUUGAUUAGAAAUCCGGAUGGAUCUUGGAAUGAUACCAAUGCACGAAAGAUUAUUGCAUUCGCUAAGAAUCAAGACAUGAUGUUGGAUUGGCAAUUAGGAAAUGAACCCAAUUCCUUUAGGCACGUGUUCAAUGUAACAAUCUCUGCGACUGAACUUGCGAAGGAUUAUGAUCAUUUAAGGCAGUUGCUAAAUGAAGCAGGAUAUAUGAAUAGCAUCCUCGUUGGACCAGAAGUGAAUCAUGUUGGAGAUUUGAAUCAAAUGGGAGAACAAUAUGCCAAAACGUUUUUAAGUACUCAGAAGGACACUGUGAAUUAUGUCACUUGGCAUCAAUAUUAUUUAAAUGGUCGAGUGGCUAAGAUCGAUGAUUUCGUGAAUCCUUUCACAUUUAAUUGGCUGCCGACACAAAUUAAUUCCAUGAGACAAUUUAUUGCCGAAUCGGGGAAAAAUGUUUCUAUGUGGCUGUCAGAGACCAGCACUGCGUUUGGCGGAGGUGCUCCCGGAUUAUCCGAUAGAUUCGUAGCCGGAUUUCUGUGGUUGGACAAAUUGGGAUACAGCGCUAAAGCAGGAUUGAACGUCGUCACGAGGCAAUCGUUAUUCGGCGGGGAUUAUGCUAUGGUAUCGACAAAUCUCAUGCCAAAUCCCGAUUGGUGGAUCAGUGUUUUCUACAAACAAUUCGUGUCAGAAAAAGUCCUGAAAUUGAUCACGCCCAACAAUUUCGGUUACGUACGAUUGUACGCGCAUUGCACGGCAAAGAAAGCGUUGAUCGCCAGAGUACCAGCCGUUACAAUUUAUGGAAUGAACAUGGGCAAGACCUUCGCCCAUGUGGAUAUUCCGGAAUUGUUUACACAACCUAGUAAAAUCAUGAAGAUAUUCUAUUAUGCUCUAACCGCCGAUGCUUUGCAAUCAAGCGAAAUAAAGUUAAAUGACGAAAGUGAACCGCUAAGACUGCAACCAAAUGGAGAUUUGCCGCCAUUUCGACCUGUGAUAUUGGAUCCUAUGAAUCCUGUAUUUUUACCACCAUACUCUAUGGUGUUUAUGAUAAUUCACGGUGUUGAAGUUCCUGUCUGUUUGACAUGAGUGAACUCGUAAAAAAAAAGGGCGACAAAUUAAUUUUAUAUCGACGAUUAUAUUAUAUAUUUUUCUUAUACAUUAUAUUAAACAUUUAUAUUAUAGCUUAUUAUAGCUUAUAUUACAUGUUUUUUACAAACUCUUAUUAACAAGGAAGCUUAUAUAGAUAUGAGUACCAUUACAAGACGUAUGUGCCUCUCAUAUUUCAAAUACAUAUUCAUCUAGCGU